CAGGUACGCCGAGCGCAUGCGGCUGGCAGGAAGUAUGGUGUACCGGUUGUUGUGAAUCAAGUGAUGUACAACCUUCUCGACUACAAUAGUACCGAACUACGCGAGAUGGAGAAAGCCUGCAAUGACCUGGACGUCAAGAUCAUCGCAUACUCGCCCAUAGGCCAGGGGCUGCUCACCGAUUCCUUGACUCCAGAAAAACUGGUCAAGAACAGACCCGCGAAAAUGACGGGGCUCACGUGGGACAAACUGCAGCCGUUGAGGGAGUGCAUUCGGAGUAUUGCGCAGGCUCACGACCGCAGCAUGGCCCAAGUGUGUAUCAACUGGUGCAUUCAACACAACACCAUACCCCUCGUGGGAUGCCGGUCCGUUUCCCAGGCGCAGGACACCUUGGGUGCACUCGGCUGGGAGCUAACCGAAAGUGAAGUUCGGGACUUGGACGAGGUGGCCCUGGCCCGCAGUACACUGGAGAGCCCGACAUGGAGACGGGCGUUGUUUGUGCAGUUGGCGGGGGUCUUUAUGGUCGCCUGUAGUGUGUGCGACAACUGGCUGGGGCGGGGGAUGGUCGAGGAAGCCCGGUGAGUUCUGGUACAUUCUAUAGCAAGCAAUGAUGCAUAGGUAGUACCGAACAUGUUCUUGUCUCGAAAGCGAGAGGAGGAUAAUAUAUUUACUUGCAAACCGUGGGGCUUAAAACUUCAUUUUCUGUCAGUAGAUUCGGACUUUUUACUACCAGUGGCACAACUCAAGCCAAAAAAAAUUCACUCGACCAAUGAUUUCGCCCAUAUUUAUAGCCAUUCGGCUGCGAUUCCCAGCCCCAAUUCCAGUGGUUCACUCCCUCGACAGUGAAACCACCACUUCGACUGCUCAUAUAUGUGAUUUACAAGUAUAUGAUAUACGAGCUCUCUCAUCUCUACGUUGGUACGUUAGCGGUAUACAGCUUUGUGUACUAUAUAAAUACAUCAUUGAUGGCAUGGCUUUAUACCACAGUGCUUCAUGUAUACGGUAUCCUACGUCGUUUAAACAGGAACAGCGGUGGGUAGGGUACUCAUAUGCAUAAUUUAUAUUCCCGUUAUGCUAAUAAAACUCGCGGCGCCGAACCUCUGGGGCAUGUUGCAUACCACUGCUGCUCAGUGCAAUUCUAUUUUUGGUAUUAAUACUAAUCUGUGGCAUAACUGCUUCGCAUACGGGCUUAUGAGAAUGCAUACCAAGUAUCCCAUCAUUUGAAGUCAAUGCAGAAACUUUCGAACAAAGAACAGGAGGCUAUAUAAUAAGUCGGAUUCUAUUCAACUAUGGCGAGAAAUACAUACGUACACAGCGCCAGCUUGUUAAACCACACCGCCGUCCAGCAGAAGGGCAAACUUCAACAUCGAUAUGUUCCCGAGUAUCGAAGUUAACUUCAGAGCACAUUCACAUGACAAAAUUAAAUUGGCAUGCAUGUGGUCCGCCAGGCGUAAUAGUACAGAAUUGGCAAUACACACCAGAUAAAGGAUAC